AAGUAUAUAUAGUAAGUACUGAUGUCCAGAAGAGCAUACAGUCAUUUGGUAGCUGGUCAUCGAACAGAACCAACAGGCAGAAACAAGCAUGGCUCCGAGUGCUAUGGUUCAAGUAGUCCUUCUAGGACUCCUAGUUGUGUCCACCGCGUUUGCAGCUGUUAAGCCUGCAACCAAAAAUGAAAAAAGAGACAUAGCUUUUGACAGCAUUUCGUCCGGUUCAUCUGGAUUCCCAUUUGGUGCUAGGUCUUUUGCUUCAUCUACUCCAGCUCCAUUUGCAUUCGGAAGUUCAUUCUCGUCAACUGCCGCUCCAUUUAGAUCUGUUUCAUACAGCUCUACUCCAGCUCCAUUUGCGUUCGGAAGCUCAUUCUCGUCAACUGCCGCUCCAUUCAAAUCUGUUUCAUACAGCUCUACUCCAGCUCCAUUUGUAUUUGGUAACUCGUUCGCAUCGAACGCUUACUCGAAUGCCGCUGCAGCUCAAUCUUUUGAUGGAGCAUCCUUCAUCGGAUCUUCCACUCCAUCUGCACUUCUUGAUGGAUCUUAUGUUUCUUCUACCGCCGCUCCAGCUAUUUCAUCUGCUGAACCAGUUCUCUUGAACAGAUCACCAGCUUUUGGUAGCACAUACGGUGCAGCUUUUUCUGGAGCUUAUGCCCCAGCUUCUUACGUCAAAUCUGAAUUGUACAACAGCGAAGCUGCCGGAGUGCAAAUCGCUCAAGCACCUCAGCAACAAAUUACCAUUUCUAAAGAAGUUGCAGUUCCAUACUAUGUUCAAGUCGAGAAGAAAGUACCAUACCCCGUAUUGGUCCGUAUCCCACAACCGUACCCAGUUGCCGUAGAAAAACAUGUUCCAUACGCUGUCAGAGUCAAUGUUGACCGUCCAGUUCAUAUUCCUCAACCAUACCCGGUAGAAAUUGAGAAGAAAGUACCAUACCCAGUUGAGAAACCUGUACCAUAUGCAGUGAAAGUCCCAGUCGACAGACCGUACCCAGUACAUGUACCAGUUGAAAAACCAGUCCCGUACGCAGUUGAAAAGCCAGUGCCAUACCCAGUAAGAGUAAACGUUGACAGACCAUACCCCGUAGAAAAACCAGUGCCGUACCCAGUCACGGUCGAAAAGGCAGUGCCUUAUCCAGUAGAAAAAGCUGUACCGUACCCAGUUGAAAAAUUGGUGCCAUACCCAGUUGAAAAGAGUGUUCCGUACCCAGUCAAAUACGAGGUUCCCGUUAAAGUCCCAGUUCCAGUAGAGGUCAGAGUUCCAGUGUCCGUGGACAGACCCGUGCCAUACCCAGUAGAGAAGAAAGUGCCAUACCCAGUUCAAGUUCCGGUUGAAGUUAAGGUUCCAGUUCCAGUUGCCGCUCCAGCUCAACGUUUCGCCACUGUCCACUACUACCAACAGUCCCCAAUUGGUUUAGGAUACGAAUCUGCUCAAGCUUUUGGUGGCCAAUCCGCUUACAAAGCAUUUGCCGGUCAAUCUAUUGAUGGUGCUGCAUUCGGUGUAUCUGGAUUAUCUCCAGCAUCUGGCAGUGCAUUCUACAGCACUACUCCAUCAAGUAUAUUUAGUUCAACCGCUAGUCCAAUUUCCUCAUACAGCUCAACUGCGAGCCCCGUAGGAUUAUUCGGUUCAAGUGUUGCUCAAGACGGUUUUGUUAGCUCUUCAGCAUCUCCAUUCAGUUUUGGACAACAAUCUUUCUUCGAUUCUUCGACACCAGCUCCGUUCAACUCUUUCUCUGCUGGUUCAGUCUCAGGUGAUUCAUCAUCGUUGUUGAAGUCUUCCAACAUUGAAUCUCUCGGACAAGAAACGGUUUCCAUUGGUGGUUCAUCACCCAAGGCCCAAGACAGUGUGGAGGUGAAAUCUAAAGACGCUGAAAUUGAAAAGAAAUAGAUUAAUCAAAGACUCAAAAUGUAACUACAAUGGAAAUUUCAUUUAUUUUAAAA